CCUCAAUAUGAUCCGUUGAAAGAAAGAAACUUGACAUUAUGUCUAAAUUAUUUUACUAAAUUAGGAUAACGGAAUAAGCAGUUCUACAUCUUUAAACAUCAUGAAUCAGAACGGGGAUAAUACUGCGGGUUUAGUCAAUGGACAAGUAACAAAUUCAUUUGUAGAAACUGAUUCAGACAUAGUAUUUAUGGGAGAAUCUCCAGGUUUCCUUAGUCCCCCACCUUCUGUAGCUCCUCCUCCUGUUUCAUUAAAUGGUCAGAAUGUAAACCAAAGACAGAAUUUUCAACAUCCUAAUCAGACUUAUCCUAAUAACUAUGAAACUAUUAAUAAUAGAACGCCCAGUAAACAGAAACAUAAUGUGCCUAACCAAUCACCUGUUCCUGUUCUACAAGUACGGAAUUUUACACCGAUCACAGUACCUAGAACACUCCAACAGCCUAGAAUGAAUACUUCACCAAAUGUUAAACAAAUCCCCCGCUCACCCUCCUUUCGACAGCAAGGACAAAUAUCCCCUAAUUCUUCAAAACCAUUUCGAUACAUCAAUCAGUCACCAGUUAGAAAUCAUCCUGUGGCACCGGUUCAGUCAGUAACAUGUAGAUACCAGAUAACCAAUUCACCAAGCUACAAGAUUACCAACCGUGAUGCGCCUACAGAAUCUCCCCUAAGCCCAAACAGUGAUACUAAGCUUGAAUCAAUCAAGACCAAUACUACAGUUAGUUCAGGUUAUAAGGACCCAGGUGAAAUAGGUUUGAUUCAAAGUGCUGAAGAGCUUUGGGAUAAAAUGAAGAGUGGAAAUUCAAAUUCUAAUGAAUCUGUGAAAAUAAAAAAUGAGAAGAUUGCAAACAUCCCCAACGAGAUAAUUCCAGAUCUUAUUGUAAUAGAGCCAGACAUUACAGUUGAAAAAGUAAAAUCUGAUGAUGAAGAAACAGAGACAUCAGAUGAAAAAGACCCUGAAAAAUCAGAUGAAAAAUCUCUGAACUGUGAAGCCGAUUUAUUAAAAAGAAGAUCUAAAAAAAGAAAGAAGCAGCAGAAUACAGACUCUGAGAAAAGUGAUUCUACCGGAGAUAAUAAUACUGUGUUAGAAGAUGGUUCCAUGCAUAGCAGAGAGAAUUCCAAUGAUGGGAGCAUUCAAUCGUCAGAAUCAAAGAAAAGGCGUGGACGACCAAAGAAAAAACAUCCAGAAAUUUACAUCGAAAAUCUGGAAACAGGGGAGGGUUCACCAUUAUCUGAUAUAGUUGAAAAUAAUAUAACUCCUCUUUCAAUUCAAUCAUCUGCUUUUCCUGUACCUGAUGUUGAUAAAACUGAUCAAGACUAUACACCUGGUUCCAAAAAACGUGUGAGACCAAAAUUCAAACAAACACCUCAUAUCAAGCCUGGUUUUGUUGAAGCAAAUCAAAAUCCUAGUGAUAAUAGGGAAGCUCUGGAUAGUGCGGGACUAAAAGAAGCCAUUGCUAAUAAGAGACAAUCAAAUGCAAAAGAUGUUUGUAAUGCAGAGACUUCAAGCAUACUCGAAAUAGAUAAAAAAAUCAGUGAUAAUGAUACGGUUACAACAAAACCUUUAGCACUAAGAAUCCACCAUAAAAAAAUGUCUGAGGAGAAACGUUUUAAAACAUUCAAAAGUUUAUCAGCUAGCGUUCGGAGAGCAAAACUUCAUUCAAGACGCACGCGUAGCACAAAGACAAUAACGUCCCCAGAACAGGGUAACUCACCUUUGAGAUCUGGAAAAAAAGUUAACAAAAGAAAUAAUGUUGGUAGUGCGGUAAAAAGACGUGGACGAUCAAAACAGAGUCCUAAAGCAGAUAAAGAAAAGAAACCAGAAUCUGUCAGUGAUUCUUUACUUCCAGAAGUAAAAAUAAAGGUACCUGUUAAGGCAGAUACAGCUGUUGCUAGCACUUCUAAGUUAGAACCAAAAUAUACGCCAAAACGGAGAGAAAGAACAACAUCAGAACUAAGCAUAAGCAGUCAAGAAAAAAAAUCUCCUGUUGAUAAAAAGAAAGGUGUUGUCAAAAAUAUUGGUGCUGUUAUAUCAGGUUUAUUUGGAGAUGGUUUUAUGUCUAUGGCUGAUUCAAAUGGUUUUGUCGUUAAUGUGAGAUUAGAUGUAGAAAAGAAACCUCCCUCCCCAGUUCAUGUACCAGUAACAAGAAAACGUACAAUAGAACAGAAAACGGCAGAAAGUGAUCCAGCCUGUCUUUCAACAAGUAUGUUUAAAAAUCGCCCUAGUGAUCAAAAGGAAAAGGGCCCACGAACUGGUAAAAAAUAUAAACAAGCUGAAAACGGUGAUCCAGACUUUUUUACUAAUGCUGAACUGUGUAACAUAUUAAAAAAUCGAAUAUCUGCUCAUCCACAUAUUGAUAGUGAAAUGAAGGCUGCCGUAAUAGACAGUAUACAAUAUGCUAAGAAGUUACUGGACAGUUGAAGACUACUCUAUGUAUAUUAGGUGUAUAUAUUUAUCAUUGUGGUGAUUCAUUGUAACUUGUAUAAUAUAUCAUACUUCUUCAUUAUAAAUAUAGUUUAACCCUUUAGUUACCAAACAUAUAGUUUAACCCUUCAGUUACCGAACUCAAAACUUGCAAAUGGCAUCAGAUUAUCAAAACUUCUUUACAGUGAUGUUAUAACACCAUGGUAUAUUUUUAUGGACACAUAACUUCUAAGCAAAACCAAAUAUUACAUGUUCUGUUUAUUUCGUAGAAAACCGAUUUAUAAAUUGUAGGUAUUUCUGUUAACUUCAUUUCAAUUUGGGAAGCACAAGUAAUAAAAAAAGGCAAUAUUUAACUGAAUAUAACAACCUUUUUACACAUGCUAAAUUCAAUGCAGAUUCACUGCCAAAUUAUGAAUAGCAAUGCGGUGAAAAUAACAGUUGAAUACGUUCAUAAGACAUCUAACUCACUGUACACACAUUCGUACAGUUACUAUUUUAGCCUUUUGGUGAUGGAAAACAUGCUUCUAGUCAUGAUCAGUAACUGGUCGUCCUGACAAUUUGCUAAUUUAUGAUGUGAUAAGUAGGCAACAGAGCAUACCCUUUCGUACCUAUUGGGUUUGAUAAGUAAACAUAUUAUUUUGCCUUUAAGUCAAAAUGAAAAUUUUAAUAAGGUGAAAUUAAAGUGACACCUCUCUAUAUAUAGCUCUGUUUCAUUUAAGUGGGUUUCAGCAGGGUCAAAAUAGUUCAUUGUUAUAUAUGAAAUUCUCACUGAUAUAACAAAAUGGUGGGUUAGAAGCACAGUAAUAAACAUGUGGCUAUCUAGAAUUCAAUCUGAUUAAAACUAUUUAAUUUUAUUUUUUAUUGUUUAAAAUUUUAUUUUGCUGGUCUUUUCUACACUAGGAUCUGGAGAAGUUGUUAUAUAACACCUGUACUAGAUGAUGUGAGGGAUUAGCCAAUGAAAUGGUCUGUUGUGGCGAGGUUUUGGCAUGAGGUGCACGGAAUUUUGGGAAACCACUAGAAACAUCAACGCUGAUUGAUUAAUCAAUGUCUGACGUCAUAAGUUCAAAAGUCGCUCAUAUGACACCUGACGAGACCUUACACUACAACUGGUCAGAUCUUCAUGUAGUGUAGGCCAUCAAAAGUAUAAUCGACAACCAUUAUGACUUUUUGAAGUUAUGCCACUAUAUUGCUGACAAUACCGAAAAAGAUGUAACCCAAUAGAUUAAAAGAGCUCUUUUUUGCCAUAUUUGUGAGCGUCAUUUUAACACAAAACUGUCAUAGAGAAUUUGCCACAUUUGUUUAUUUACAAGAUCAAAUAAGUUAUCUCAUGUAAACUUUAUCAAAUAAAUGUUGCAUAGAAUGUGUGUUAAAUAUUUCCAUUCACAUUGGAUAUUUUUCAAUGUUAUUGGAGAUGUGACAAAGAAAAUAUGCUUUGUAACUUUAGCUCAUUACAGCACAAGGAAAAGUUCGUUAUAUUUAGUUCUUUGGAAAAAAAAACAUAAAUCCAUACAUAUUUGAAAUGAAUAAUUAUUGAUCCAAUAUAUUACAGUUGAUUUAUUAAAUAUUUUUAUAGGGAAUCAUAUUUUAAAAAUUCAAAAAACAUCUGAAAAGGGAAAUUAAGACAAUGGAUUUCACAUUUUCCAAAAUUUUGUAUUUUCUAGGUCUUGAAAGAUAAAUAAUAUUUUAAUACAAGAUAAUGUUUACUAUUAAAUACAUAAGAUAAACUGUCUUCUUGGCGAUAAAUUUAUAGAUAAUCAGAAAAUAAAAUUAUUAUUCUAUCAGUCUAGUAAAUGCAUCCAACUAGUUUAAUUUAAACAACCUUGAUUCCAGGCAAUUUUUCGUAUUUUUUUUUAAGCAUGCAGAUAAUAAGAAAGGAAUAUUUGCAUAAGGAAUAAUGGAGACCAUUUAAAUGUUAUUUAAGCUUCUUAAUUUGUUUUUUAAUAAUUCACAAGUACUUCUUGGGAGGAAUUGCAUUCAUUUGUUUACAUAUUUACGCAACUCUACAUACAUGUAUUUACAGGUAUUUUUAAGUUAAGAAUUUACUCAACUUUCAAUCACUGUUUAUGAGAAAUAUCUUUGAUCCAGAAACACAAAGCUUUGCACAUAGUUUCUUAUUAAUGUAUUUGAUACAUUAAAACAACAAAUAUUUUAUAAAGAACUAUACUUGAGUUAAAAUAAAGUGAACAAUUUUGAGUAAAUUCUUAGCCUAAGUCUGAGAAUCCUUUGUUAACUUUGGGCCUGCUCUCUAGAAUAAUGCAAUGGAGUAUUCUAAGUGUCAAUCUUGUCAUAUCAUUGUAUCUUCCACAGUGUAUUGAGUGAUUACUGACCCCGUGAAAUAUGGUAUAAAAGAUAUUUUCAGAAUAUUUCUAGUUUUCCACAUAUUUGUCUUUAAAAAUGACUUUAUUUGAUUUGCCCAGAGUUCAUAGGCAAAAAUUUAUGGAAUCUUGCUUUGUUUCAAUCAUUAUAUUCUUAAAAUUGAUAUAAGGUGUAUUCCAAUUUCAGGGCUAAAUAUCUCAGCUAUUUAUUAAGAUCAAUGUGUAGUCCUAUGUCACACACCAAUUAAACUAGAUUUAUUUGAUUUUGUGAAUAGCUGGUUGCAUUUUAUUUAGUUUGUCAUCCCAAGUUCAUUUUGAUGAAAUUAGUGUGAGUACCUGUAAUCAAAAAUCAGAAAUAAUAGGUCUAGUUUUAUUAUAUAAAUGCCAAAAUAUUGAAUCAUUUCAUCAAGUAUGCAAUAAAUGAAAAUAUCUUUUUACAUUCAUUACUGACAGGUUUUAAACUUUCACCUACAUGUAUGGAAUUUUUUAAAAUUGAUUAUAUUCUCUUCAUUAGAUCAUUCAUAUUUCCAAUUGUAUGUGAAAUCAAUUUCAUUUCCACAUUUUUCAAACCUCAAAUGUAGAUGGUUAUUGAGUGUAUAGUGAUUUCAAAAAUCAAAGAUAUAAUAUUUUGAAGGAGAUAAAUUAUACAUCAGUUCAGUUUUAUGAACCAUAAGCUAAAGUGCCUGAAGCUUAUUUUUUUUUACUGUUUUUUUUCUAUAAUAUUUUAUUCUACAGCUGUUAACUUGUAUGUUGUUAUGCUGGGUUUACAUUCAUGUUGUAUUACCUCUAUAUUUGUUAACUCAUCUGGCAAAAGAGUUGGUUAUAUAUAUAUAUAUAUAUAGUAAAGGCAGGGGGACAACACUAUACACAAACAAAACCGAAAAGACAAGCCUGCAGAUAAGACACACUACAUAGACAUUGAAAACAAUAAACAACAAAUAUCAGAUCAUUUGAACUAAUCCGGCUGUAAGUGUCCACUGCGCCUCUAUGUCGUUGUUUCAAUUUGAUUACUACAUGAAGCAUUUAUCAACCAAAGGUUCUUUAGAAUAAAUAUGUAGGUAGUUGCCAUUCAAGAUAUUUUUUUUUUUUUUUUUUGUGAAUAAUAUUUUAUUUCAGAUAUCUGAAGUGGGUUGAGGAACAGACUAAGCCUAUGUAAAACCCACUCUCCAAUUUAAGGCAGGUGUUCUUUAAUGCAAAUAUUGACCUUAAUUUGUUUUAGUAAAUCAACAGACUUUGUGAAUAUUUACCACAGUUAUUCAUUUGAUGGGUAUAUUGACACUGUUCUAUUGUUUUCCCCAUCUUCAUUAGCCCAGUCAGAGAAGAACAGUAGGACGUUAAACCCCAUUUCAUUUCAUUUCUAUUGUUUUUAUAGUCCACAUUUAAUCAUGGUAUUAUAUCACAUAUACAUGUACAGGAAAAGGUUUUCAUAUUCUUUUAAAGCAAAAUCUUCAUUAAACUUUGGCCUCAUUAGUAUGGUAAAUUUUUGAGAUUUCUUUUCCCAACUUGUUGGGAUCUGGAGAUUAACUUUUCAAACCAUCAAAUCGUAAUAAAUAAUACAAACAUCUUAGAUGACUAAACAUGCUGGUGAGCAUGUGUUGUUUUGCAUGUGAGCAUGUGUUGUUUUUCAUGGCAACAACAGAUGUUUCAUUUUGUUUUGGGUCCAUGCAUUAAGUUGAGCAAUGAAAAUAAAUGUUGGUAAUAAUUUAACUCCCUGUACUUCCAAAACAAUACCGGUACAUGUAUUUAAAAAUCAUAAAUCUCUAUGAAGAAAUUCUCAUUUUCAGUGAUAUUUGCCUAAGCAGCGUACUACUUUUUUUCUAAAGAUGCUUUGCUGAUUUUAUGUGCUGUAAAUAUAUGCUGUAAAUAGUUGUAUCGAUGUACCGUGAUCACCAGUAUGGAUUUCUAUUUAUACAUUUAAUAUAUUUUAUUCUAUGUAAGAAGUUUUUCGUACUAUAAUUACAAGUUCUAUGAAAAUACUGCAGCACAGGCACACCUCUAUUGAUUUUUUAUUUUCUGAAAUUUAUACUGGCUGAACAAUAAUUUAUUUCUAUCCACCAACAACUGUAGCCAAAAUGGCACUUAAUUUAUGUUUUGUUGUUUAGUGUUUAGUGUUGUCUAGAUUAUCGUAUUAUAAAGAACACAUUUAAUGAGGCUUUAAUUAAAGGUUUUGUCCUGGUAUAUAUAUCAUGAUAAAUAACCUGUUUACAUUAAAUUUAGACUACAAAUUAGGCCACACCAAUUUGAUUUUCUAUUCUUCUGGGACUUAAAAAUUUGAAACUAAAAGCUUUUGAACAGCACAACCAAGUACUUUUGUUUAAAUAAGCCUUUUUUCUGAAUAAAUAUGAAAUUUUUUUUUACAGGUUUUCCCAAAGAAUAGAAAAUCCAAUUAUCUGUAUUUUCUUCAUUAAUUAUGUGGUUUCAUAUAGCAGUAUUUUCCCCCAUACAUUAUUUGAGGGGGGUUGGAUGGCCGAAUGGUUAGCACUCGCGCGCAGUAUCAUACGGUCUGUCAUUGAGUCAACUAGCGGGGUUUCGAUUCCCCGGUUGUACGUGACAAGGAGUAGGGUCACCUGUCCAACCUCGUGGGUUUUCUUCAGGUCCUUCGGUUUCCACCCACUGCUAAAGACCCCUACGCGCACGCGAAUUAUAGAAAUACAAUUGAACCAUGUGUUAGUCCCGAAAUGACCUAGUUUGUGUCGAGUGGACGUUAAACCCUAUUUCUCUCUCUCUCUCUCACAUUAUCUUGAGUCUUCACAGCUGAGUUACACUGAUUUUACUGAAAUUCUUGUGAGAAAUAAUGCGGCUGCAAUUUGAAAUGUAUUUUAUUUAUCUGACUUUAAUCUGGACAUUUACUGACAGAAAAAUCAACAUUCCAUAUAGAUUAUACAGCUUUACUUUACAGUGAAAUGUAGACUCAAAGUCUGUAAUAUAUGUGAUUGCUAGAGGUGGACACAAAUGCCAUACAACACUGCAGCAUCAAGGAGAUAAACCCCUGAAUCCUCUUUGUGUUAUAUACUUCCAUCAACGCAUUCUUAUUACUCAUGCCCUUAUGGCACGUUCUCAGAGUUCAGGUUCAGACUUGACCCUGGCUUUUUAAAAGCAUCGGUGGUUCGUUUAAGAGAUCAUGAAAACAUCAUUCUCUUGUAUGGUUAUAAAAGUGUUACAUUUUCAUUGAGUCUAUUUAAGAUUGCUAAUUUUGAUAUUGUAAUUUGAUUUUUAUACACCUUUUUACUUAAACAGUUGUUUAAAAAACAGCUUUAAAUCUUAUUUCAAUUUUCCAGUCUUUUUAAGCUGGAGUAAAGUUUCACUGUACCACCUAUUUAUGUAUAUAAUUAUGACAAAGCACAAAUUACCAUGAAGAGAAAUUGUUUCUCUGUCCUGUAUAUAACUGUACUGUUUAUUUGUAAAAUUAACAGUAGUAUUUAAAAAAUUAAAAUGCCAAUUUGUUUCAUUUUCCUUUAUUAAAGAUACAUUAUGGGAGAUAAGAUAAAGAGAUGGCAGUUCUCGCUAUAAUAGUUAAAAACUAGAUAGUGUAAAGGUAAUUUGCUGAAAAUUUCAGUCAAAUUGAUCCACUAUGAGCCGAGAAAGAAGCGUGUGAAAUUUUUGCAUAGUCUCGGUCAUCAUUACUAAAAUCAUUAAUAUAAACAGCAUAGUCUCGAUUAUCCACUUUUAUUGAUUUAAUUAUCAAUAGCCGUUAGCGGCAUAUAGGAAUCUAAUCCAGCCAACAUCAAAACCUAGCCUUGUCAUCGAGAGUUCAUUAUGGUCUGGAUAAGUUAAUUAAUGUCUAAUUGAUAAUUUAGAUAACAUUUCAGGCCUAAAGAAAGACUUGUAAUAAGCAGAUUUUGCUCUUGCAUAAUGCAUGUUUAAGUAGCAAUUCAAAAUAUGUACAAUUGUCCAUACGUUUAUUUGAUUCUGCUGUAUACCCACAAUUUUGUCCCUCUAUCUAUAAAACCUCAAAACAUAUAGUACCAGUACAUGAUGUAUCUGUAACACCCCAAAAUUUAGUACUUCCUGUUAUCUAACACCCCAAACUUAGUACUUCAUGAGGUAUCAGUAACACCCCAAAACUUAGUACUUCAUAUAUCUGUAAUUCCCCAAAACUUAGUACUUCCUUUAUCUGUAACGCCCCAAAACUUAUUAGUACUUCAUAUAUCUGGAGCUGACCCAAAAUAGUGCUACAUGUAUGAAAGAU